AUUUCAAAGAAGAACAUAAUCAUCCUUUAUAUACUCCAAGUUGUGCAAAAUUUCAGAAGGAUAAUAGAAAAAUGCAUAUUAUGCAUAAAAAGUUGAUUGUUGAUAAUUCAAAGGUGAUUUAUUUUUAUGUACUAAAUAAUGUUUUUUUUUUGUUUUGAUUUACUAUGUUCUAAAGUUAAUUCUUAAUCUUAGUAAUAUUUUUUUUUUUCUAACAGGUAAAUGUUGGUCCUGUGAGGUCUUAUACUAUGAUGAAAGAAUUAGCUGGAUCACAUGAUAAUGUUGGUGCAUCUAAACAAGAUUUCAAAAAUUUUUAUAGAGAUUUGAAGGCUUAUAUUGAUGGAUCAGAUGCCCAAAUGUUUGUGGAUAAUUUUCAAAAUAAGAAAGUGCUCUGGAGUGCAUUUUUUUUUUCUAUGAUGUUGAUGAAGAAGAUAGACUUUGUAGAGCUUUAUGGGCUGAUCCAAUCUGUCGAAAAAAUUAUGCACUUUUUGGUGAUAUGGUUUCUUUUGAUACCACAUUCAAAACAAACAGAUAUAAUAUGAUCUUUGGUCCAUUUACUGGAGUUGAUCAUCAUAAAAAAUGUGUUACUUUUGCGGCUUCUUUUGUAGCUCAUGAGGAUAUAUCAUCUUUUGAAUGGGUUUUCAAAACUUUUCUUAAAGCAAUGGGAAAUAACGAGCCUGUGUGUUUGAUUACCGAUCAAGACCCUGCAAUGAAAGUUGCUGUUCGUAAUGUUUUUCAAACUACAGAACAUAGGUUUUGUAUGUGGCAUAUUAUGAAAAAGGUGCCUGAAAAAGUAGGUCGGGCGAUUGCCCAAGACACUGAUUUCUUGAAAAAACUGUGUUCAUGUGUUUGGCAUUUAGAGAUUGAGCCGGCAGAAUUUGAAGAAAAGUGGAACAAAGUUAUUUCAGAAUUCCAUUUGAACGAUCAUGAAUGGUUGGCAUACAUGUACAACAUACGUGAUAUGUGGAUUCCAGCGUAUUUCAGAGAUUUAUUUUUGGGUGGCAUUAUGAGAACCACAUCUAGAUCAGAAAGUGAAAAUAAUUUUUUCACUAUGUUCACAAAUCCCCAUCUCACUUUGAUUGAGUUCUACAUGAGGUUUGAAUGUGCAUUGGAUGCUCAAAGGCACACUCAAAAUAAAAUGGAUAAUGAUUCGAAGAAUAAGCGUCCGGAGUGUAAGACUCCAAUUCCUUUAGAGAAAGAUGCUUCUGAAUUGUUUACAACAACAAUUUUCUAUGAAUUUCAAUAUGAGCUUGAAAUUGGAUGUUUUAAUUGUGGUGUUGAGGAGAUGAAGAAGGACAAUGAGCUUUACAUUUUCAAUUUGAGGGAAGGAACUAGAAGGAGGACUUUUGAUGUUGUUUUUGAUCCAACUACCUUUGAUACCAAGUGUUUUUGUAAAAAAUUUGAACGUGAUGGUGUGCCUUGUAGGCAUAUGAUUUGGGUGUGGAAGGCAAGGAUGUUAGAAAAAAUUCCCAAGGCCUACAUUCUAAAUAGAUGGUGUACAAUGGCUUAUAAGAAGCCCAUUUUUGAUUUAGAGGGUAAUGUGUUGGAGGAAUGUAUUAAUGCAGUAGAUAAGAAAAUGUUAUUAAAUGAUUUGUGGUCUGAAAUUCAUGCUUGUGUGAGUUUAGUGCAAAACAAUGAAGAUGAUCUUAGUGAUCUUGUCAAAAAACUUCGAGCCAUGAGGGUAGAUUUGGAACAGAAGAAAACAAAUGGAAGCAACAAUCUUUCGAGCAAAGUUAAAGACAUUGAAAUGCUUAUUGGAGCUAGUCUACCUUCUAAUGUUUUAAUCAAACCUCCUAAAAUUUCGAAGAACAAAGGCACGGGGGUUCAUGUUCCAAAUCAGGUCAAUGUUCCAAAUGAUGUCCAUGUUCCAAAUCAGGUUCAUGUUCCAAAUCACGUAAAUGUUCCAAAUGAUGUCCAUGUUCCAAAUGAUGUCCAUGUUCCAAAUGAGGUUCAUGUUCCAAAUAGUGACAAAAGAAUGAAGAGUGACAGAGAAAAGUCUAUUGAACAAAGUCAAAAGAAGAAGAGAUUAUGUAGAGCAUGUGGGGAGCUUGGUUAUCAUGAUAGUCGUAAUUGCCCUGGAAAAGUCAAGUGAUAUUGUUGGUGAAUAUACUAUUAAUCCAGUUGCAUGAGAUGUUAUAUAUUUAGAAACAAUAUCUCAUUUACUAGCACGUAAAAUAUUAUUCAUGUAAUUCUUAAAAUAUAAGAACUCAAUUUAUUUACUUUUAGAAACAAUAUAUUUUUAUUUCUUUUUUGUCCAAUUAUUAUUCAGAGUAUCUCUACUAGUGUUUUUCUUAUCAAUUUUUAUGUUAAUUAAAGUUGAUUAUAAUGUUUUAUAACAUCUCCUGUCUUUUCAUCUUCCCCCCUUUUCGUAAUUAUAAGUUGUUUUAUUAAGUCAAUUUGAACUACGAGUAAUGAUAGUACAAGCAUUUUAGAUACCUUUAUUAAACAACAUUUAGUUGAAUCUUGCUUUAAUCAACUUUUAUUUAUUCAAGUUUCUUAACAUUGAUUUACAUAUGCCUUCUUAGAUAUGCACUAAAGAGUGUAUGCAUUGUAUUCAAAAGGAAAAAUAAAGCAAAAGUAAUGGAUUAGAAGCAGCCAGUUUAGAACAUAAGCAAAUACUUUAGAACAUAGAUAAAAAUAAUUAGAAGAUUAGCAAAAUCAAUAAUUUGGACAUGUAAUAAGAAAAAAGUACAACAUAAUAAGAUAUAAUUAGAAUCAAGUUACCAAUUGAAUGCUUUGGAAUCUUGUUACUUUGGCUGUUGUCAUUUCUUGUUACUUUUUUUUAAU